AUGCUGCUGUUAGAAUUUUUAUUGUUGAGUUUCUAUUUUUAUUCUUCUGUCAUUGGCGAAGUAUUCUGGGAAUACGGUAUUAAUGGUGCUGAUAAUUUGAACAUUGAUUUCACCACUGGACAAGUUCCAGAUGUAAUGGAUUUUUGGAAACCAGUGGAGUAUCAAGGAUACGCAGGUCCUUAUGAACUCCCUGAAUUGACUUCUGAUGGUUUAGUGUUUGAAUUUAGCACCUCUCAAGGCGUGCAGGAUAAUAACCCAAAAGCUAUCAAUGGUAGUUUUCCGAUUCAGAGAGCAACCCAAGUAUUCAAUAUAGAUAUGAACACCCAAAAUUCCCAGGUUUCCAUUUAUUCUUAUUGUUGGGGUAUACCACUGCGUGGUAGGUGGGUGUGGAAUAUAUAUCCAUACCUACAAUUUGGAUUGGCAUCCCUGGUUGGCUAUGGAAAUCCUUAUUCUUUGCAAGUCUUUCCAGAAAAUCCUUUAAAUUAUACCAUAGAUUACACUUCAGGCAUGGAUAGUUAUGAAUUAAAAGUAAUAGAUAGCGGGGCUCAAGAUUUGCAGUUCUUUAUCAACGGAACUCUUGUAUUCUCUACUGAGACGUCAAGCACGAGAACUCUCCGAGACUGCCCGUUAGGUUUCACGAGUACCGGAUUUUUAAUCGAGCCUCAAUAUGGUUAUGCUGAUGUCAAUUGUACCGAAUACCCCAAUCUUUGUUACAAUGGCACUGUACCUGAAACAUACAUUGCUGGCAAGCUUCACCUGAUCACUUACACUGAUAGUACCAUUCCGUUCUGUUUUAUGGGAAAUACGGAAGAGUCGAUGCAACUAUACUACAAUGAAUCUGCCAAUGUAUGUGUUGCAAACGACACCACCACUUCUUCAGAAUCUCCGCUGACAAGCUCAACAAGUACGAUUUUGCCAACCAAUACCACGUCCGGCCCGUCCACCACAACAGAUUCGCCUACUGAAACAUCAUCCACAUCAUCAAUUCUCCCAACUGAAACAUCAGGCUCACUGAACUCAACAACAACCUCAUCAAGCGGGCCAACUGAUACUUCUGGACCAACAUCAAUCCCACCAACAAAUUCAACCACAUCUAGCGGGCCAACUGAUACUUCUGGACCAACAUCAAUCCCACCAACAGACUCAACCACAUCUAGCGGGCCAACUGAGACUUCUGGACCAACAUCAAUCCCACCAACAAAUUCAACCACAUCAAGCUUACCUACUGAAACAUCAGGGUCAACAGGCACACCUUUGCCAACAGAUUCCACAGAUUCAACAGAUUCAACAGGCUCAACAACAUCAAGUUCACCAACUGAAACUACAGGUCCAACAGGAUCUACUGCACCAACUGAGACUACAGGCUCCACAGACUCUACUGCAUCAACAAGUUCAACUUCCUCUAGUGAAACAGUCCCUCCAACUGAAACAUCAGGUUCAACAGGCUCAAUUUCACCUUCAUCGAAGUUGCCAACCGCAACCACAGGUUCAACAGAGUCAACAUCAACAACUGAUUUCCCACCAUCCAGCUCACCAACUGAUUUGCCAUCAUCUAGCACAUCAUCAACAGGAACUUUGAAUCCAACAGAUUCGACCGUAUCUAGCAUACCACCUACUGGAACAGCUGCACCAACGGAUUCAACCACAUCAACAGGAACUUUGAAUCCAACAGAUUCGACCGUAUCUAGCAUACCACCUACUGGAACAGCUGCGCCAACGGAUUCAACCACAUCAACUGGAUCGAUCCCUCCAACUGAAACAUCUAUCUCAACAGGUUCAACCGUGUCAAAUACACCAACUGAAACAUCCAAUACAGCAGAAUCAACAGACUCAACCGACAAAAACCCGUCAACUGGAACAUCGGGUUCAACAGAUUCAACCGUAUCAAUUUCACCAACCACAUCAGCUUCACCAACAGCAACAUCAGUACCAACAGCAAAAUCAGUACCAACCAGAUCAACCAGAUCAACCGACUCAACUCCUCUGAUAGACUCAACAUUAUCCAUUGUGUCGCCUCCAUCUACAGAAACAAUUUCACCAUCGCAACAAACACCUGGUUCCACUGGAUCAAGCUCACAAACUGAAAUAUCUAUAUCCACCAAAUCAAAUUCUCAGGAUACCACUUCCGGAGAUUCAGCAGCGACAAUAAUUGAAAGUAUGGGUGGGGUGGACAAUAUGCGUUUAAACAGUAUGUUGUUGGGGCUCGGGUUCUGGAUCACUCUAAUUUUCCAAUAG